CAAAUACUGUUAUUUAUCACUGGUACCAACUAAACGAGCGGUCUAAUGUUUGCUGCUGUUAGCAUCAAAACAGGUUCAUCUGAGGUCAAAUAAACUCUAUAGAAACGUUAAAAUAGUCUGUUUAAAAUCAGUCUGAAGGAGGUUAAAUUAAAGGUUGAGAGAGGAACAUACAGUGAACUGAACAAGGUUCAUUUACAGCAGAUCAGUUGCGGAUUUGUGAUGUCUGACUCAAUGAUAUGUGUGAUUCUUCUGUUAAUACAUCUAACCUCAGCCCUGCCGUCUACAGUGUUCAUGGACAGGCGUGAUGCGGCUCAUCUGCUCAGGACUCGACGAGCAAACAGCUUUCUGGAGGAGAUGAAACCUGGGAAUCUGGAGCGGGAGUGUUAUGAGGAGCUGUGCUCGCAGGAAGAGGCUUCUGAGAUCUUCCAAAGCAAAGAGAAAACGAUGGAGUUUUGGUACAGAUAUCAGAAUCUGAAUCUGUGUCGGUUUAACCCGUGUCUGAAUGGAGGAAUCUGCAGGGAGAACCGCGGCAUUCACGAGUGUCUCUGUCCUCCGCAGUACGGCGGCAAACACUGUGAAAAAGAGAUGUUUGACUGUAAAUAUAAGAAUGGAGGUUGUCUACACUACUGCAGUAAUUUACUUCAGACGGCAAGUAUCGUUUGCAGCUGCGCAGAUGGUUACCGACUAGAUGAAGACGGACGGACCUGCAGUCCAGCAGUGCAGUAUCCCUGUGGAAAACAGUGGAAUGGUGGGAUCAUGUCUCGCUCCUUACUGGAUGAUAUAAGCCCCGCCUACCCAUUCACUGAAGAUAUAAACCACACCCACUCACUGGGAAACUCCUCCCACUUAUUACAUCAAAACAGAAGUACAGUAGACAACACCACUCACCUGCAAACAAACCAGACCACCCCACCAGCAAACAGAUCAGUUAUGCUGCACCCAUUGGAUGAACUAGCUCACUCAGGAAGUGACACCACGCGCAUCGUUGGAGGUCAGCUGCAGGGUCAGGGCGGGAGUCCGUGGCAGGUUCUACUUCGUCGUGCGGAUGAAUACGGGUUCUGUGGCGGUUCUCUGAUCAAUGAGCGUUGGGUUGUAACAGCCGCACACUGUCUCCAGCAAGCGCCAGAUCAUGUGACCAUCGGCGACUACGAUAAGAUGCUUCCCGACAAGGACGAGCAGAAAAUCAAGGUGGAAAAAGUCGUGCUCCACCCUCAUUUCCACGAAUACACCUUUGACAGUGAUAUCGCUCUGCUGUACCUGUCCAAACCCGUGACCCGGGGCCCCUACGCCACACCCGCGUGCCUACCAAACACCCUCCUGGCAGAACGGCUACUGAAGCCUGGCGAACACGGGCUGGUGUCGGGCUGGGGUGCCACACGCUACAUGUAUGGCUCCUCGCGGUUCCUGAGGAAGGUGGUGCUCCCGGUGGUGGAUCAGAUGAACUGCAUCCAGUCCACAGAACAGGUGAUCACAGACAACAUGUUCUGCGCUGGGUUUCUAAUGGCGGAGAUUGAUGCCUGUACGGGGGACAGCGGCGGGCCCUUCAUAGUCAACUACAGAGGUACCUGGUUUCUGGCCGGAGUGGUUAGCUGGGGAGAGAGGUGUGCGGCCGAGGGCAAAUAUGGAGUUUAUACCAGGCUUGGUAACUACCUGCCCUGGAUACAGGACGAAAUUAUGAAAGAGGAAGAAAAACGCAACCAGCACGUCCCGACUACUAAAGCUCCGUUACACUAUUAAUA